AUGAUUUCAAGAAGGCUUUAUCUGACAACGGGCUCUGCGGGUAGACUCGCUAGUGUCAUUAAGAAUGUAGAUUUACUCAAAACCAAGUCCUAUAUCAACGGUGCUUGGGUUGCGAGCUCUACCAACAAGAAAUUUGAUGUCAAUGAUCCGGCUCUCUAUCCCAAACCAGACUCAAAGCUUGCAAGUGUUUCGUCAAUGACCUUGCAAGAUUUUGAAAGGGCAAUUGAUCAUGCUAGAGUAGCGUUUGAUGAGUUUAAGCAAACUUCAGGUAGAUAUAGAUCGAACUUGCUUCUUCAGUUAUACGAAUUGAUGAUUGAAAACAAAAAUGACUUGGCCACUUUGAUAACUUUAGAAAACGGUAAACCAUAUGCUGACGCUUUAGGGGAAGUGAACUAUGCUGCAUCAUUCUUUCAAUGGUUUGCUGAGGAGGCUCCAAGGAUUUCUGGUGAUAUUAUCCCGUCUGCCGAUGCUAGCAAAAGAAUAUUUGCUCUAAAACAACCAAUCGGAGUCUGCGGGAUUUUGACUCCGUGGAAUUUCCCACUUGCAAUGAUCACUAGAAAAUUGGGUGCAGCAAUUGCUGCUGGUUGCACCACCGUCAUCAAACCGGCUUCAGAGACUCCACUAUCCGCGUUGUCAUUGGGCUAUUUAGUGGAAAAAGCUGGCUUUCCAAAGGGGGUAGUCAAUAUUUUGGCGACAGAUGAUACGGCAGCAAUAGGUAAGUUAUUGUGCGAAAGUCCAAUCAUCAAAAAAGUCUCCUUUACAGGAUCAACCAAGGUUGGGAAACUUUUGAUGAAUCAGUCAUCGUCGACAUUGAAAAAAUUAUCCUUCGAACUUGGAGGUAAUGCUCCAUUUAUUGUUUUUGAAGAUGCCGAUAUUGAAAAAGCUGUUGCUGGGGCAGUGACCUCCAAAUUCAGAUCCAGUGGACAAACGUGCAUUUGCGCUAAUAGAAUAUUUGUGCAUGAAUCUAUCUACGACGAAUUUGCUACGAAGUUUGUUAACAAGGUAAAAAAGGAUUCCCUUUUAGGUUAUGGACUCAACAAGGGGGUCACGCAUGGGCCCCUUAUCCACGAUAGAUCGAUGCAAAAGGUUGUCAGUCAUAUUGAAGAUGCAGUAAGUAAAGGUGCAAGCAUUUUGUGUGGAGGAUCAAAGCGUCCUGAUCUUGGAACAAACUUUCAUGAGCUAACCAUUUUGGGAGAUGUAACUCCAGAUAUGUUGAUAUUCCAAGAAGAGACAUUUGGACCCGUUGCUCCGUUGAUCAAAUUUUCUUCGGACCAGGAGGUGAUCAAAUUAGCCAAUGAUACGGAAGUUGGUCUUGCCGGUUACUUUUACUCUACAAACGUGAGUAAGGUGUUCAAAGUUGCAGAAGAAUUAGAAGUGGGUAUGUUGGGUGUCAACACGGGUGCAAUAUCGGAAGCCGCCUUACCAUUUGGAGGUGUUCAAGAGUCGGGCUUUGGCAGAGAAGGGUCAAAAUUCGGGGUUGAUGAUUAUAUGGUAAUAAAGGGUAUUGUGUUGGGUGACAUUGUAUAA